AUGGAGAGGAAAGGUGGCAGCAUGGUGGCGAUUCUGGUGGUGGUGAUGGUGGCAAAUUGUGUCUCUGGUCAGAGUAUAUAUGCUUGCUGGGGAGGAUGCUACAAUCAGUGUUUUCUCAGCAGUGGAGGAGUUCAAGCAGAAAGGUUUCCAUGUUAUUAUCUGUGUUUAAAUUCCUGUGUUCCUCGUUCGGCUGCAGAUUAUCAGUACUAUUGCCAGAUUGGUUGUUCACUGCAACUCUGCAUUCCUGCCAGUUAUGAUGGUGCAGCAAUGGAAGAAUGCUUUGGCAGGUGCUCAAACCUCUGCAACGUUUAG